CGCCAGCGCCGGCCCGGCAGCCCCGGGCCGAGGGGAUGCGGCACCGCGGGGCCGGGUGAGGCUGUGUCGGGCAUGGCGGGCGCCUCGGUGAAGGUGGCGGUCAGAGUCCGGCCCUUCAGCGCCAGGGAGAGCAGCCGCCAGGCCAAGUGUGUCAUCCAGAUGCAAGGAAACACCACCUGCAUCACCAACCCCAAGCUCCCCAAGGACGCCACCAAGCACUUCACCUUCGACUACUCGUACUGGUCCCACACCUCGGAGGAGGACCCCAACUUCGCCUCGCAGCGCCGGGUGUACCAGGACAUCGGGGAGGAGAUGCUGGCGCACGCCUUCGAGGGCUACAACGUCUGCAUCCUGGCCUAUGGCCAGACCGGCGCCGGCAAGUCCUACACCAUGAUGGGGCGGCAGGAGCCGGGGCAGCGCGGGAUUAUCCCGCAGCUCUGCGAGGAUCUGUUCGCCCGCAUCGCUCGGGAAGGGUCACCUGAACUUUCUUUUUCCGUGGAGGUGAGCUACCUGGAGAUCUACUGCGAGCGUGUGCGGGACCUGCUGAACCCCAAGAGCCGUGGGGGGCUGCGGGUGCGGGAGCACCCCCUGCUCGGCCCCUACGUGCAGGACCUGUCGCGUCUCGCCGUCGCCUCCUUCGCCGACAUCGCCGACCUCAUGGACAGCGGCAACAAGGCCAGGACGGUGGCAGCCACGAACAUGAACGAGACGAGCAGCCGCUCGCACGCCGUGUUCACCAUCGUGUUCAGCCAGCGCCGCCAGGACCCGCUCAGCGACCUCACCACGGAGAAGGUGAGCCGCAUCAGCCUGGUGGACCUGGCGGGCAGCGAGCGCGCCGACGCCUCGGGGGCCAAGGGCGUCCGGCUCAAGGAAGGCGCCAACAUCAACAAGUCCCUGACCACGCUGGGCAAGGUCAUCUCUGCCCUGGCUGAUGCUACCAGCAAGAAGAAGAAGCCGGAUUUCAUCCCGUACCGGGACUCGGUGCUGACGUGGCUGCUGAAGGAGAACCUGGGAGGGAACUCGCGCACGGCCAUGAUCGCGGCGCUGAGCCCGGCCGACAGCAACUACGAGGAGACGCUGAGCACCCUGCGCUACGCGGACCGCACGAAGCAGAUCCGCUGCCACGCGGUGAUCAACGAGGACCCGAACGCGCGGCUGAUCCGCGAGCUGCGCGAGGAGGUGACGCGGCUGCGGGAGCUGCUCAGCGCCCAGGGUCUCACCGACACCACCCUCUCUGCCCCCCCCGCCGCCGCGACGUCCCCCACCCUCAAUGGGGACCCGGGGCUGGAGCCCCCCCUGGGCCCCACUGAGGCCAUGGAGCGACUGCAGGAGACGGAGAAAAUCAUCGCAGAGCUCAACGAGACGUGGGAGGAGAAGCUGAGACGGACGGAAGCCCUGAGGCUGGAGCGGUGAGGGGGGCCCUGAACCCCCCCACGACCCCCAAAACCUUC